UUUAUUAGUAAAACCAUUUAUGUGAAUAUGACACAUAAAUAUUCUUAUAAGUUAUUCAUUAAAUAAUUAUUGUUUUUUUAAUGUAUAUAUGCUUUAUACAGUUGAUAGAUUUUAUCAUGGUCUAUUCAUUUUUAAUUAGAACCAUGUAAUCAUUUCAAUAAGUUAUUAUUUUUCACUUUUUUUGUCAUCCUAGGUAAAUUUUGUGUUGUUGAAAAAUUAAUCAAAAAUGAGACCUCAAGCUCCUACUGUGAACGAGAAAAUCUUACUUGAUAAACAAACUUCUAAUCAAUAUAUAAUCUUGACAAAUAGAAAAAUCAAUCAAAGUGAUGUGGAAAAAACUACAAAUAAUUUGAGAUGUACUGAGUAUAAAUCAAUCAAUAAAAAUAAAUUAUUUAUGGAGAAACAGAAAAGUGAAAGAGCUAAAAAAAAUAAAUUACAAUUGUUGCAAAAGAAAAAAGAAUUGGAAGAACGCAAAAGAAGAUUAGACAAUUUAAAGGAUACUACUAAAAAGUUGGCACAGGCUUCUUUGAAGAAAAAGCUUAUAAAUCCAAAGUAUAUAUCAAUACAACCAGAAAAAAAUAUUAAUCAGUCUUUUCCAAUGAAAAAUAUGAAUGAUUAUCUACAGCAUGAAAUUAUAGAACCAGAAAGUCAUUUUUCUAAUAUUGAACACUUCAAAAACUUAGAAGAAUUAUUAAAUGAUAAAUCAUUUACAAUAUCAAAUAAGAAUUUUAGAAAAUGUCACUUGGUCUAUGAAAAACAAAACAGUGAAAGACGUAUUUGUGCUGCUAAAAUUAUUCAACAGUUUUAUCGAAAAUACAAAAUGAAAAAACAUGAAAUAUAUAAAAGAACUGCUUGUAACUACAUUUCCAAUUUUGAUUUGUUGGAUUCAAAUUCUAUGAUUUUAAACUCAAAUGCUUCAUGUUGUUCAAUGAAAGACUUGCAUCAAAACCAGAUAUUUAAUCUUGAUUCUACUUCUAAUAAAGAAGAAAAUGUCUUGAGUGAUAAUAAUAAGUCUGUAUUUAAAUGUUCAGAAAAAGUAUAUAACUUAAACAUUAAAUCAACUGAAACACAUCAAAAUAAGAUUGAUUUUAUACCUGAUCACCAAUCUACAAUAAAAAAACCUACAAUCAUCAAAUCAAAAUUCCAUAGAGAUUUAGAUAAUAUUAACUGCAAAAAUUUUUCAAGAAAAGAAUAUUCAAAUGACUAUCAAAAUGAUCAAAACUUUUUAGUUAAUGAAAUAAACCAUUCUAUGGAAGGUAAUCUACCUUCAGAGCCUCUUAUUAAAUUUCAUAAUGAAUUAAAAGCAGAACUUAAAGUACUUAAUAAUUUAAACAACUAUUUAUACAAUAUUGAACAUUUGGCAGACAACAAUUUAUCUAAAUUAGAGGGAUCGUUAAAGAAGAAUAACAAAAAUGAUUUAUUGAAAAAUUGUGUUUUUGAAAAUGGAAAAAACCAUUCUGAAAAUGCAUAUGUUGGCAAUACUUCAUCAAAUCUUAAUUCCUUGAUGUCAACAUUUUUAUGUGCUAAUAAAGCUUUAAGUGGUUUUUCUAUACAUAUUUUAGAACAAUUAAUUAGAGAUGAUGAACAUAGAGUGAAGCAACUUCAUACAAUUUUACGUUUAAGGGAAAAAUUUUUAUCUGAUCGUUUAAAAUGGGAAGUGACUAUGGCUGAACUACAAAUGAAGUACCAUAAAAAUUGUAGUUAUCAAGAAAAACAAGUACAUCAAUUAAAGCAUGGAAGCCGUAUAAAAAAAAUUGAAAAUGCUUUAUUUCAUAUUCAACAUAUAGGAAAAGUCAUGGAUUACAUGAAUCAGCAACGUAUAUUAUUACUUGAAGAACAAUUACAGUGUUUAAAAAUGCAGAUAAGUUCUAAGAAGUUAUUCCGUAAAAUAAAAAACUUCAGUAAUGAAGAAAUCAUACCACAUAUGUUAAGUUAUGAUUCUACUUAUAAACAUAAUCAUGGUCAAUUCAGUAAAAACUAUGAAUGUGAAAUAAGAAAUAUGUAUUUAAAUAAAAGUAUUGAUGAAAUAGAACUACAAAAAAGUUUACUUUCAUCAACUCUCCACAAAAAACUUUAUCGAGAUCAAUGUUCUUCUCCAAUAAUGAUAAAUAAUGGUUUUAAAAGUACAGAAUCCCAAACAGAUUUUUGUGAGUUUACACAACUUGAUGUCAAUAAUAAAUCUGCGUUCUCACAAAAUUUUUUAUUAAGUAUUGAAAAUGAAAUGAAUGAAUCAUUUAAAAUACCGGCAAAAAUUGAUGUUCGAGAAAAACAAUUUUUCACAAAAGAAAUAAUGAGUCAAACAACUAUGGAAGAGUAUUUUUCAGAUAUUUCAAAUAGUUCAGAUCAAGAUGAAUUAACUGUUCGCAUCAAUUCUUUAGUAAAACAGCUCAAUGAUAAAAUAUCUGAAUCUAAAAUGUUAAAAAAAGAGGGAAAGAAAAUAAAGUUGGAAAAUUUAAAAGCUAAGGAACAAGAACUAUUAAAAUAUAUUGAUUUUUAUGAUAAAAAAAUUGAAAAAAUAAAAGAAAAAUUUGAUGUGGAAGCAGAAAAGAAAAACACUAACAUUACGGUUUAUCCUUCAGACUCUAAUACUUCAAUUAGUUUAACACAGUUAAUAAGUAAUUUUAAUGCUAGCAAUAUAACUAAUAUAAUUGUAGGUAAAGAUAUUGAUCCUACACAAUUAAAAAAUUCUAAUCAUGUGUCAAUGUGUUUAAAUCACAAAGAAUAUAAAUUAUGUACUAGAUUGUCAGGUCAGUCAAAAGAAAAUAGUGAUACUGAUGCUUUAAGUAUAAAAAGUGAUGGUGAAAUUUAUAAAAAUGAUGGAAGUAAUAGUAAAGUUGAAUCUCAAAUUGAUAGUAGUCAUCAAAAAUUAUUUAUAAAAUGUAAAGAUUACAACAAAUCUGAUUGUCAUCAAAUAAUUCAACAGUUCAACAAUACAAUGAAGAACAAUUAUACGUCUAAUACUGAUGAAAACAAAGAUAAACAAGCUUGUCAAAAAAAAAAACAUUUGUGCACUUAUAUUAACACUAAUGAAAGAAACUAUAAAUAUGAAUCUAACCAAGAAAAUAAUAUCUCUGGUACAUGUUUGAACAUAGAUAAAAAUAUUUGUCCAAUAAAAAAAUGUUCUUAUCCAAGGAAGUGUUCUAAAAGUAAGUGCAAAACUAUAGAAUAUGAUAGAAAUGAUGUACAUUUAUUACAUAUCAAUAACGAUUCUAUUGAAAAUAAAACUCUAAACUUAGUUGAAAACCAUAAAUCAAGGUCAAAUGAAAAUAAUAAACUUAAUGAAUCUAUUAAUAUAUUAGAAAAUGAUUCAUGUAAUAAAAAUUUAAGUUCAAGUUAUUCUUUGGAAGAUUCUAAAUUUAUAAUUUCAAAUAAUUUUGAACAUAUAAAUAAUGAAGAAUUUAAUCAAAAUGUUAAUCAAUCAUUAGAUGAAAAGGAUCGUAGUGAAGGUGACAUCAUUUUUGAGGAUAAAACAUUUAUUGAAUUUAACUCUAAUGAAUAUGAGGCUCAUGAUGAUACUAUACAUGGAAAGCUACAAAACGUCAAAAUAUCAAUUAUUGAUAAUAUAACAAAAAAAAUUUUGGAGAAACUUUUACUUGAUAUUAAAGUAGAACUUGAUAAAUAUAAAAAUAAAAAUGUUGGGGAUUUAGAUCAAUUAACUGAUGAAACACCUUUUUUGCUAACAUUAAAACGUGAUAAAGAACAUCAGAGUUUUUUAUCUCUUUCUGAACAAGCUGCAGUUAUUUCAGAACAUCUUUUUGAACAUCAUUUUCAGUAUUUAAUUUCUGAAAUGGUUAAUAGUUAUCUGAUAAACUUAAAUAAUACUCAACUUGAAAGAUUGAUGUUUUAUUUAAAAUGGUCUUCAAAUAUGAGAAAAAGAUUGAUCCCCCCUGAUAAUUUUAUUAUACAAUUUGAAAAUGGUGAUGUUGAUCAUAAUGAAUUAUUCAAAGUUUUCUAUCAGAAUCACUUAGAGCAACAGAAAAAUUUUGAUAAUUAUAUUAAUGCUACACAUUGUAAUGAUACUAAUAUUAUUCUAAAUCAAACACAUCGAGAAGCUGAAAAAUUAAAAUUAGAACAGAUACGAAUUGAAAAAGAAAUUGAAUAUUUAUGUUUGGCUGAAAAAACCCAAUAUUUUAUACGACAAAUACCAAACAAACCCCCUCCUCCAUAUAAAAGUCCAAAUAACAUGAUAUCUACUGUACUUAUUGAUAAACAAUAUUCAACUAAAGAGAUUCAUAAUUUAAUAAAUAUUGUUACAAAUCAAUUAUUCGAAAACAAAGAUUGUUCUAUUCCUGAAAAUUUUAUUGAUAUAAAUGAUUCAAAGUUGCAUGCUGACUAUAAAUUAUUUAUUUUUGAUUAUUGCCAAGAAGUAACACAAAGAAUUUUAAAUUAUAAUUGUAAAAAGCUUCCUGUACGGAUGACAAUUGGAAAACAAAUAAAUUCGUGUAACUCUAUGAUAUGGAAUUCUAAAGAUUUGUGUAAUAUUAUAAUUAAGUUAAUGGGUAAAGUUAUAGACAUAGAUGAUGCUGAAGUCAAAGUUAACAAGUUUGUUGCUGAGCAAAUGUAUGAAGAAAGUAGCAAGUGGACAAAUUUUGAAUCAGAUGAAUUAGAAUUAAAAAAUAUAGUCGUUCAAAAUUUAAUGAAGAAAUUAAUUUAUGAUACUGUAAAAAAUAUGAAGUUUGUUUUUCUUGCUAAGUAUCAUUAAAAAAUUAUUAGAUUACAAAGUAAAAUGAUUUAAUUUUAUAGUUGAAACCUAUUAUAUCAAAUUAUCAUAUUAAACUUAAUUCGUCAAUAAAUACUUUAAAAACAUUAAAAAUGAAUGAUUUUAAUUGUCUGUAUGGAGAACAUGGGAUAACUAACUGUUUAAUUGAUAAAUUAGAAUUUUUAAAAAAGCUGAGAAGGUAUUUUUUUGUGACUAUCAUUUAUUUUCUCUGCUCUAAUUUGACCUACUUUUUUCAACGAUACGUCAAAUGACUACAAUUCGUAUCUAAUUGAAGAUAUUACCCUCAAAAAUUGAAAAAUAAUUCUAAAUUAUCAAUUAAACAGUUAGUUAUUACAUGUUCUCCGUAAAGACAAUUAAAAUCAUUAAUUU